CUAACUUUGGUUUAUUUAUGUCUUUUGCGGCACACGCAUUGUCUCGAGAAUCUGGAAGAGACAAGAAUGAAAUAGAUGGGAUCAUUUCAUUCGACGUCUUAGAGAUAACAAUGGUGGACGAAGACUUAGUUUAUUAUUAUAUUCUAUUUAAUCCUUGUCGUUAGAUUGACACGUGGCCUGAUUAAUUUAUUAGUGCUAUGACAAACCGAAACAUAGUUCGUCGAAAUUGAGCUCUUGAAGGUUUUUAUCUUCGUUGAUCGAGAUGAGCAAGGCAGUGGCAAAUAAACCUCAUGCAGUGUGCAUCCCAUAUCCAGAGCAAGGGCACACGUUGCCUCUUCUGCAAUUAGCCAAGCUUCUCCAUUCAACUGGUUUCCAUAUAACCUUUGUCAUCCCCGAGUUCUAUCACGACCACAUAAGACAGUCCCAUGGACCUAAUGUCGUGAAAGACUUGUCCGAUUUUCAGUUCCGGACCAUACCAGACGGGUUGCCUCCAUCUGAACGCAAAGCCUCCCCAGAUGUUCCGACGCUCUGUGAUUCAACCAGGAGAAAUUUUUUCAGACCAUUCAAAGAGUUGGUGGCUGGGCUGAAUUCUUCGAUGGAGGUGCCUUCUGUAACCUGUAUAAUUGCUGAUGGGGUCUUGAGCUUUGCUAUAGAGGCUGCCGAGGAGCUGGGCAUUCCAGAGAUUCAGUUUUGGACUGCUUCUGCUUGUAGUUUUAUGGGGUACUUGCAUUUUGAUGAGCUUGUUCGAAGAGAAAUCCUGCCGUUCAAAGCAGAUGAAACAUUCUUGUGUGAUGGUACACUUGAAACCUCUGUCGAUUGGAUCCCGGGAAUGAGAAACAUCCGCCUGAGAGACCUCCCAAGCUUCAUCAGAACUACAAACAUAGAUGACGCAAUGUUUGAUUUCAUGGGAUCAGAAACCCGAAAGUGCAUGAGAUCUUCUGCUAUUAUCUUCAACACAUUUGACGAACUUGAACAUGAUGUGUUAGAAGCAAUUUCAGCAAAGUUUCCCCAAAUAUACACAAUUGGUCCAUUAUCCAUACUAAGCAGAGUAGCAACUGAAACCCAUUUGAAGCCAUUAAGGUUGAGUGUGUGGAAGGAAGACCAACAAUGUCUCCCGUGGCUCGAUACACAGGCCCCCAAAUCUGUUGUUUAUGUAAGCUUUGGCUGCCUAACUACGAUGAGUGACCAAAAGUUAAGAGAAUUUGCAUGGGGAUUGGCAGAGAGUAAGCAACCAUUUUUGUGGGUACUGAGGCCUGACAUUGCAUUGGGUGAAUCGGCAAUAUUACCCGAAGAUUUCUUAGAAGAGACAAAGAACAGGGGAUUUCUAACGAGUUGGUGUCCGCAAGAGCAAGUUCUAGCACACCCAUCAGUUGGAGCUUUUUUGACUCACUGUGGUUGGAAUUCUACGUUGGAAGGUAUAUGUGGGGGUGUUCCAUUAAUUUGCUGGCCAUUCUUUGCAGAUCAACAACCAAACACUCGAUAUGCUUGCGUCAAUUGGGGGAUUGGCAUGGAGUUGGAUGAUGACGUAAAACGCACCGACAUUAUAGCGAUUCUGAAGGAAGUUAUGGAAGGAGAUAAAGGCUAGGAAUUACGGCAAAAUGCGGUGGUGUGGAAAAAAAGAGCACAUAAAGCAACCGGUGUUGGUGGUUCAUCCUAUAGUAAUUUCAAUAGGUUGAUUACGGAACACUUUCAUGCUAGUUGGUCAGCUUAAACUAAAUUAAUCAUUAAGAGUAAAAUAAUGCAGAGCUUAGUUUCUACUUUC